AAAAAAAAAAUGGUUUGAGGUGUGAAAACCCAGCGGGAAGCGGUGGCAGUUCGACCUCAUCUGAUAGUUCACUUCCUCUGCAAAAGACUUGUCAAAAGAGUCUCACAUUGACCGGCAGAAUCUGCACUGGAGUUCAUUUCCAUUGAGAUUUGCAAGCGUUGUCAUCAUGCCAGGAGGUGACAGAGGUGGAUGGUCUGUGCUUUUCCUGGCUGCUAUAAUUCCAGGUAUGCACCUACGAGGAAGCGAUGAAUCCGUGUUUGCAGUUCCAAACUUGGAGGACGGAUCAGACAGACCAGUCCUCCAGCCCUCUCAGGUCCUCCCUCAGAUAGGAACAUACACACUGGCAAAACCUGGGGGGGAACUCUGCGUGAAAGCCACCCUUGGAGCGCAGUACAUCGUCACCUUAAAGAAGAAGAGAUGGUUCUACAACUUGGACCCUUCCGAGGUCCUGUCCAGUGGUUACUGUCACAAGGAAACUGCCGUCCUCUCUCUCACACUACGCAAUGAUGCCGCCAGCCUACAGUUUCACUUCAAAAAGGAGAAAAAUAUUUUCUACGUCACCAAGCUGACUGCGUCUGUGUCUCCUCGGCCUCUCUGCUUAGGAUGUGCUAAUAAGACUUAUUCUGGAUUGGUGGAACAUGACAGGCUGUUUGCUGCAUCCUUUGGUCAAAGCUUCGGGUGCAAAUCAGCAAAUGUGCUCCACACUUCUUCAGAAAUGAGCCUCAGGCUGGUGCCUCUGCAAGUGCAAGCCUUCAGCGUACCUGGUGGACGUUAUGGAGAAGAUGUGGAGUGUUUGGCAGAUUUGAACAAAAGGGUCCUUCCCAUUGUCCUUGGGGCCGUUGUGAUUGGACUCUUGCUGAUCUCUGCUCUGACCUUCUUAUUGGUUAGAGACAGACAUGGUUAUGACAGCCUCUGAAGGAGGUCAUGUCAGUUACAUGCAUUUUACCAUUAGUACUCAGG